CAGCAGAGAAGCGACAGCAGCGGCCGUUUAGCGGAGACAUGAGAGCUGUCAGAUGAGCGGCUGUCCGAGCUAACGGAGCGGUGUUUUCCAGCAGACAUGUCCCUGUCCUCGAACCCGGGCACGGACACGACGAGCCGGAGGAGGAGGCCACCGGAGCACGAGCAAGAUUCUUCAUGGGAGCACAGUCCUCCAUCGUGUCACAUUCAUGGACUCCAGAUCCACGACCAAGUCUGUGAAGCCGAACAACUGAAUUCCGCUGACUACACUCCCUCAUCCCUUCGCUCCAUCUGUCCUGCACAGUGCACAACAAAAUGCACAUCAUCGCACCCAUGUCAGAGCCAUCAUUUAUGUGAUGAUAGCAGAGAGGAGCUCCAAAGCAAGAGAACCAUCAGAGCAGAGAAUGAAGUGGAGGCAAAUAAACUGGUCAACAAUUACAGGUUUGGUUUCAGAAAAUGGAAGAGCCACGUGACAGAGCGUCCAUUUGAAGAGCGAUCAGACGUUGUAAAAGAACUGUAUUCUGAACUGAACGUCAUCAAACCACAAGCAGGUCAUUUUAUCACAUGUGGAAAUAUAGCGUAUGUGUUUCUCUUUGGUUGGUGGGUCUCGGUGGCGUACCUGCUGGUCAGUGUACUGAUGUUCAUCACUAUCAUCGGGGCAUCCUAUGGUAAGCUUUGUUGGAAUUUGUCCUGCUACUUCCUGUGGCCAUUCGGCAAGACAAUCCACGAGAUAGGAAACACAUUGAGGAGAUGUUGCAAUGAGGCACCAGACUGUGACUGCAUCACAGAGGGAUUGGAUGAUAACUCACCAGUGCUGCUGCCUUCACCCACUGAGAUCCCCAUCGUGACAACACUGGAACAACCUGCCCGCACUCCCUACUGGCGUCGUUUUUCCACCUACCUGUGGCUGCUGCUGGGGUAUCCUCCUCUGGUGGUCAUCCACUCCCUGGCCUGUUUCUUCUCCUGGAUCCUGGUCUUCACCAUUCCUGUUUCCAAGAUGAAUGCACGCACCUUGAGCGUCAUCCUCCUUCUACCUCCUGAGGACGUCUCUGUCUCUACCUGCUCACAGAGGAAGCGUCAGGGCUAUGAAACCAGAGCCCUGCUGUGCUGUUACCAUGCUGUAAACUGGUAUUACUACAAAUACACUGUUGAUGGGAUCAAUGUGUUUGCUGUCAAUCUCCUCCCGCUAGUAAUAAUCGCUAUAGUAAUUGGAUACAUUGACCAAGACAACCAGUACGCCAGCUCUGAAGCCAAGUUUGCUAUAGCCGUCAGUUCCAUCAUACCUUUGUCCUAUUAUAUUGGUAUGGGCAUCGCCAGUAUCUCAGCCCAGAGUAAUUUUGCAGUGGGUGCAGUGGUCAACGCCACCUUUGGCUCCAUCACAGAGUUGACCUUCUACAUCACAGCCUUGCUCAGAGGUCACCAGGCAGACAAGCCGUGCCUACAAGAAGUUGUGAAGGCAGCACUGACCGGCACACUACUUGGUUGCAUCCUUUUCAUCCCCGGUAUCUGCAUGAUAAUUGGAGGGCUGAAACACAGUGAGCAACGAUUCAACAGUCGUUCCACCGGUGUGAGCUCUGCGUUGCUUUUCAUUUCAGUUGGAGGUGUUUUUGCCCCCACGCUUUUCUCAAAGGCUUAUGGGAGCCUGGUGUGCGACGCCUGCACAAACUCUGCUGGAGGAAACAGCAGCGGGCCGUUUGUCUGCCACAACUGUCACUACGAUCUGAACAACGGCACAUUGUUCCACAACCAUAUCGAGCCGCUGGUGUACUCCGUGUCUGCUCUUUUGCCUGUUGCCUACAUCAUUGGUUUACUGUUCACACUGAAGACACACUCCUACAUUUACAACAUCCAUGUUGAAGAGGGCCAAGCUGAUGUUCAUCACGCGAGUGGCCACAGUGGGGCAGUGGUCCACUGGUCUCGGUGGAGGUCGAUGGUCAUCCUCAUCAUGGCCACUGUGCUGACAUCUGCUUGUGCUGACCUGACCACAGAACACAUCCAGCCCAUCCUGAACCAACCCAACAUUUCCCAGUACUUCAUAGGGGUCACUGUUCUCGCUAUGGUUCCUGAGAUCCCAGAGAUUGUGAAUGGGAUCCAGUUUGCUCUUCAGAACAACAUCAGUCUCAGCUUGGAGGUGGGAAGCUGCAUCGCGGUGCAGGUCUGCAUGCUACAGAUCCCAGUCCUGGUUUUCUUUAAUGCCUUCUAUGAUGUAGGAUUUGUGCUGAUAUUCAGUGACCUGCACCUCUGGGCCAGUAUCUUCAGUGUGAUUCUUGUCAACUAUAUCUUCAUGGACGGCAAAUCAGAUUAUUUUCAAGGUGCAGCUCUGGUGGUCGUCUACUUCAUCUUGCUCGCUCUGUAUUAUUUUGCUCCAUCUCCAAAAGGCUGCUGACCUUUAACUUUAGCUACACUUACAAAGCCAAACACUGGAUGUGUUUACAUUAACACCACUCCCUGCUGAUGAGAUUUUAUGACAGUCGAUGACUUUGUAAUCCUGUGGGAAUUCUCGAUUUCACCUUUGGCGUCUGUGCUAAACUGUACCCUAAAAUCAUAAAUAUUAAUCUCAGGUAGGUUUCUUUUUGAUUGCACAAAUAUUUAACUAUGCUACUGCAGAGUUAUGUGUAAAUAUUCUACUGGUCUUUGCAGUCUGUGGUUUAAGAGAGAAAAGCAGAAUUUUUACCAUAUGAAUGAAUACUGUGAUGUUAUGCAUCUAUAUUAAUGUUAUUUUGUUUAACAGUAUGACUGUAAUGCAUUUUGUAUACUUUUUAAAGAUGUUAAUGAUACAUGGUAACAGAAUAAAUGACACCGAAAUAGAAGUUAA